AUGACGGUCCAAAAAGUAUUCAGAAUCGGCGUCGAUGUCGGCGGAACCAACACCGACGCCGUGAUCAUACACACCGGCGAGUCAGACCUACCAAACAGGGGUAUAAGGAGUGCCUUUAAGACACCAACGACACCAGACGUGACCGAGGGCAUCGCCAAAGCCAUCCAGGGCGCUCUAUCACAAUGCAACGUGUCACUAUCGAGUAUUGCCGCCGUGAUGAUCGGCACAACCCACUUCAUCAACGCAGUCGUACAGGCAGAUGACUCAAGUUUGCGACGGGUGGCGGUGAUGAGGAUAUGUGGUCCCUACAGCCAGGAGAAUCCAGCUUUUCUGGACUUUCCGCCCAUUCUUUCCCGGCUCAUGAACGGACAUGUGUCGUAUCUAGAUGGUGGUCUGGAGUUUGACACGAGGGAAAUCAUGCCUCUGGAUGAGGAGCAGAUCCGACGGGAGUGCCAGACAAUCAGAGGGAAAUGGAUCAACGACAUCGCAAUCAUUGGCAUCUUCUCGCCCCUCGAUACAGAAGGUAAGCAAGAAGUUAAGGUGCGGAACAUCGUCAAAGAAGAGAUUCCAGACGCGGACGUAGUCUGUUCGCGAGACAUUGGACAGCUCGGUUUCCUGGAGCGGGAAAAUGCCACGAUUCUCAACACUUCCAUCCUCAAGUUCGCUCGGUCAACGAUCCGAGGCUUCAAGUUGGCCAUGCAGGAGUUGGGACUCACCUGCCCGCUAUUUCUCACACAGAAUGACGGCACAAUAAUUGAUGCGGAUACAGCUGAAAGGUGCCCGAUUCGCACAUUCUCAAGUGGACCGACGAACUCAAUGACUGGAGCGGCCUACCUUGCCGGGUUCGACACCGCAAAGGGAAAGAUGCCAAAAGCUCCUGUGAUAGUCGCAGACAUCGGUGGCACAACUACUGACGUCUGUGCGCUGCUGCCGUCGGGAUUCCCUCGACAAGCUGGUACGUGGGUCGAUAUUGGUGGUGUGCGGAGCUCGUUCUCUAUGCCGGAAGUCGUAUCGGUUGGCCUGGGUGGAGGCACACUGGUAGAGGUGACAGACUCGAAGACGAAAGUUGGGCCAGAGUCAGUUGGACAUCGGUUGCUACAGGAGGGGCUUGUCUUUGGUGGGAACACCUUGACCGCAACAGAUGUUGUGGUCGCAGCAGGCAAGGCAGAAAUUGGGGACAUCAGCAAAGUGCAGCACAUUCCCCAGUCGACCAUAGCAGCCGCUCGGGUAGCCAUGAAGAAGAUUCUGGAGAACGCAAUCGACAUCAUGAAGCUGAGUGCAGAUCCAGCAGUUGUCAUCGUGGUUGGCGGGGGCAGCAUCGUCAAUAUGGACGAGCUCGAUGGCGUGUGUGAACUCAUUCGACCACAAUUCCACGACUGUGCCAAUGCCGUAGGAGCAGCUAUUGCUAAAGUCUCCGGCAGUGUCGAUGUGAUCAAAGUCCUCGAGAACCAGGACGAAGAAGAGGUCGUCAACUCAGUUUGUGAGGAGGCCAAACAGCUUGCAGUAGACGCAGGCGCCGAUCCGGAAACAGUGGAGAUCAUUGAGUUGGACAAUAUGCCUCUGCAGUACGUACAGAUGCGAGCUAAUCGGAUUGUGGCGCGCGCAGCAGGGGCGCUCAGCAGGAAAAGUGUUCUGAUCGACCAACUCAAGAUCGCACCCGAGGAUCAAGCAGCAGAUACUUUCGUACGCGGUAAACGAAUGAAGCGUGACGUCGAGAAAGACCCCAAGGAUUUCAUCGUUAGUCCUUCCGCACUGGUUGAUCUUACCAAGUACAGCCCGGAAGUCGACAAGGGCGGCAAAUGGUGGGUCUCGGAAGUCGAUCUGGAGUUUCUGGCAACUGGAUGUAGUAUCCUGGCGUGUGGUGGUGGCGGGCCGGGUUAUAUGUGCUAUAUGGCUGGGCGGGCUGCUCUCAAAAACGGUCAGCGCCUGUGCAUUGUGGAUGUCAAUACCUUGCCUGAAGAUGAAUACAUUAUGGGCAGCAUCUCGUACGGUGCGCCAACGGUCACAACAGAGAGACUUCCCAGCGGGACGGAGGCGAUCGACGCCACAGACGCAUUGUUGCAGUGCCAUCCCGGACUGAAGAUGGCCGCGCAAGCUGCAAUCGAGAUAGGCGGUAUGAAUGGCAUCCGGCCUAUGCUCACAGGUCUCCACUAUGGUGUGCCAGCAAUCGAUGGUGACUUCAUGGGACGAGCAUACCCUCGCCUGUAUUUGCUUACUCCAUAUCUCUAUGACCUUCCGGCCACGCCAUGCACCCAAAGUGAUGGCAUGGGCAAUGUCGUCACGGUCAACAAAUGUCAGGACAUCCGGAAGCUCGAGAAGAUCCACCGCAAAGCUGGUCAGGAGAUCGGUCUUUUCAGUCAAAUGGUCAUUCCACCGUUGACUGUCAAACAGACAAAACAGGUCGGUACUCUCGGCACAACCUCGCUGGCAUGGUACAUCGGUCGGGCUGUGUACCUUGCAAAGCAGCAAAAUACCAGCAUCAUGAAGGCAAUUGUCGAAGCCAACCCCUCCGGACGAGUGCUGUACACCGGCAAGAUCGUGCAUGUCCACCGCUACGUCUCCGCUGGCGGCUACACCGAAGGCAGCGUCCGCCUCAAACCUCUCUCGGAAGACGAGCAGGAGUACGGCGACGAGGUGCUCAGCGCGGAAAAGCGGGAGAUGGUACUGCCAUUCCAGAACGAAUAUCUCUACGCUGAACUUGUUGAGCCCGGCGAGGCGGCGUCGAAGCCGGACAGGAAACGAGGGGAGGUGUUGUGCACUGUGCCAGACCUGAUCUCGCUGGUGGGAACUGAUGGCUAUGCUCUUGGAACGCAGGAUCUUCGGUAUGGCGUCAGAGUCAGUGUCGUGGCGUUUGUAGCGCAUCCGCAUUGGUAUACACCGCAGGGCAUUCGCACGGGCGGUCCACUUGAGUUCGAAUACGAUGAUUUGGAUUUCAUACCGCUAGGCACACCAUACUACGAACCAAGCGUGUGA